CCGAGAAAACAGCAGACGACCGUUGAUCUACAAGCAGGCAGAACUCAGAACGUAACCAACAAAUUUUCAUUUCAUUGUAUCUAGGCGUAACAUUGGCGAUCUAACCAAACGAGAAUGAACAUCUCCUGGAUGUUGGUUUCUGGACUAUUCUUGGCUGUUUUGCCCACAAGGACGGCAGCAACCCCCCUGUUUCGCUCACAGUCAGACCUUGCACAUUUAUUAGGUGAAGAAUUGUCUGAGUACCUUUCCUCAGAGGAAAGAGAUGUCCCUGCACUUGUGAAUCCCAAGGUCCGGUUUUUACGGGACCUUAGCCCCGACACCAGGUCAAAGAGCACCUGGGCUCGGCGGCUUUUCAACGACUACAACAACCCCAGGAAGUUCCGAGGAAUCAAUAAGAAAGGGUCGUCCAAGGGCUGUUUCGGACGCAAGCUGGACAGAAUAGGAGCGAUGAGCGGUCUGGGUUGUUAGAUCUGCGACACCUAGCGACGGACACCGCGCUGAUGAUAGGCUCUGAAAACUACUUGUCCGUUUUAUUGUCUCCGUAAAAGUACCGUUUAAUAAGAAAACGAUGCCAAUACGUAUUGUCGGUACGACGAACCACAUCAUCAGCAUCUUUACUGGAAAAGAACGCGAAGGAAAACGUUGUAGGAACUAAUGCAGCUGUAAAUUGUCGCUAUUAUAAAUUGAUAAUUUCAUUUCUGCA